AUGGAGGGGGCCGCGAGACCAGAGGAAGACGGCCGCUGGGGCGAAAAUGCGGCAGGCGAAAUCUCAGUAAACGCCGCACUGGAGGAGUAUCACGAUCUUGAGAAGGAGUUGAGCACGAUUCAACACCGCCAUUCUACUGCAUAUCAACGGAAGCCUUCAGAACACCAUGGCGAUGCCGGAGGAGAGAGUGACUCGACAAUCGCACCUAGUCUACCUGGCAAUGACACAUUCGACCUGCCCGACUUUCUCAGGAGGGGAAUCAUGGACAUGCGCACACCGAGCGGCGGGCCAGCAAAGAGACUAGGUGUUUCUUUCAAGAAUUUGACAGUCAAGGGCAUCGAGUCAUCGACGAAGCAAGUGACGACGUUUCCCCGAGAUCUAGUCAACACAUUUGGACCGGACUUUUACCAUUUCAUCACUGGCAUCUUCCCCAAACUAAAGAUUCACAAAGAGCCGACUGUCGAUCUCAUUAGGAACAUGACAGGAACGGUGCGACACGGGGAGAUCAUGCUAGUUCUAGGGCGACCAGGUUCCGGAUGUUCGACUUUUCUGAAGGCCAUCGCCAACCACCGGGACGAAUACGCCAAGGUCGAUGGAGAUGUACAUUAUGGCGUUAUACCGGCAGAAGAUCAACUGGAGCGAUACCGAGGCGAAGUCGUGUACUGCGAAGAGGACGAUCGGCAUUUCCCAUCGCUCACGGUCUGGCAGACUUUGUGGUUCGCUCUGAAGACAAAGACACGGAAAAGAGAGCAAUGGACGAUCCCACUGAUUCUCGAUUCGCUUCUUCAAAUGUUUGGAAUAGAUCACACUAAGAACACACUGGUUGGCGACGAACAUAUUCGAGGUGUUUCUGGAGGGGAGCGCAAGCGUGUGAGUCUGGCUGAGACACUAGCCACACGAGCAUCUGUUGUCUGCUGGGACAACUCUACCCGAGGACUCGAUGCCAGCACGGCUCUCAGUUUCGCCAAGUCGCUCCGCGUCUACACCGAUGUUAGCGGGAGGACGACCCUCGUGACGCUCUACCAAGCUGGAGAGUCAAUCUAUGAAUUAAUGGAUAAGGUUCUUGUCAUAGACGACGGACGCAUGCUUUUCCAGGGACCUGGUGAUGAGGCGAAGAAAUACUUUGAGGACUUGGGAUACCUAUGCCCUCCUAGACAAACUACUGCCGACUUUCUCACUUCUAUCGCCGACAAGAACGCCCGUCAUUUCCAACCCGGCCGAGAAGAAUCGGCUCCAAAGACACCGGAAGACCUUGAACGGACAUUCUUGGAGAGCGAACACUACCAACGCAUCCUGCAAGAUGUUGAGGACUACGAACGAGGCAGCAGAUCAGCGAACAACGACAAGCAUCGCAUGUUCGCAGCCACCGUCAAGGAUGCUAAGAGCAAGACCGUCAUCGGCGAUUCCAUCUACACCGUCUCGUUUUUCAAGCAAGUGGCUGCCUGCACCAAGCGCCAGGCAUGGCUUCUGUGGGGUGACCGGAGCUCCUUUUACACGAAGCUCGCCAUCAUCAUUGCCAACAGUCUCAUCGUCUCAUCGCUUUUCUACGGCUCCGGACAGGACACGUCUUCCGUCUUUGCGAGAGGCGGUGUGGCUUUCUUCUCGAUUGCCUUUAUCGGAUGGCUUCAGUUUGCAGAACUCGUCCCUGCGAUUGAUGGUAGAACGACGAUUGAGAGGCAGAGAGUGUUUGCCUUCUACAGACCAUCUGCUGUGGUCAUUGCGAGGAUGCUCUUGGACUUCCCACUGAUCCUCAUCAUGACGCUCUUGUUCUCCGUACCAGUCUACUUCUUGGCGCAAUUCGACGUUGACGCCUCCAAAUUCUGGAUCUACACACUCAUCGUGUACACGGCUACCUUUUGUCUAACAACCAUGUACCGGAUGUUCGCCUCACUUUCAUCCACCGUUGACGAUUCUAUCCGGUUUGUUGGCGUCGUCCUCAACAUCAUGUUCAUCAUGACGGGAUAUGUCAUCCCCAAACCCAAUCUCCUCAGUGACGCCAUCUGGUUCGGCUGGAUCUACUACAUCAAUCCCGUAGCAUACGGAUUUGAAGCCCUUCAAGCCAACGAGUUCUUCGGACGAGAAAUGCAAUGCAGCGAGUCUCAGCUCGUGCCACGCGGUCCCGGAUCCGAUCCCACUUAUCAAGGCUGUAGUCUUCCUGGCUCGACCAUGGGCAGCACCAUCGUCAGCGGUCCUGACUAUCUACAGGCUUCGUUUCAAUACUCGAGAGCGAACCUAUGGCGUAACUUUGGCAUUAUGAUCGCCUUCACCGUCUUCUUCCUCGCCAUGACCGUUCUGGCUGUCGACACGAUUCGCUUCAAGGGAUCUGGUGCCCAGUCCCUGAUUUUCGCGAAACCCCGUGAUGACAAGAACGUGGACAACGAGAAGAGCAGGCCUGCGGAAGAGACCGACGAGGCAUUUGAGCCCAUCGGCGACGGCCAAAGUGUUUUCACAUUCAAGGACAUCAACUAUACAGUCCCUUACGGCAACGGCGAACGGCAACUCUUGAACGGCGUCUGCGGAUAUGCCAAGCCUGGGAAGAUGAUUGCGCUGAUGGGCAGCUCGGGCGCUGGCAAGACGACUCUUCUCAACACCAUCGCCCAGAGACAAAAGAUUGGUGUCGUUACGGGGGAUAUGCUUGUGAACGGGGCUAGCCUGGGGCCCGAGUUCCAGAGAGGCACUGGUUUCUGUGAGCAGAGAGACAUCCACGAAGGUACCGCCACGAUCAGAGAGGCAUUGGAGUUUUCUGCGCUUCUUCGGCAGGAACGUGCAAUCCCUCGUGAGGAGAAGAUUGCGUACGUUGAUCGGAUCAUUCACCUUCUGGAACUGUAUGAUUUGCAGCACGCCAUCAUAUCUUCCUUGACCGUGGAGCAGAGGAAGAGAGUCACGAUUGGAGUUGAACUCGCUGCUAAACCAAGUCUCCUGCUCUUCCUUGAUGAGCCCACGAGUGGUCUCGACAGCCAAUCUGCAUUCUCCAUUGUCCGAUUCCUCCGAAAGCUAUGCGACGCUGGGCAAGCCAUCAUCUGCACAAUUCACCAGCCCUCUUCCGAUCUCAUCGAGCAGUUCGACAUGAUCUUGGCCCUCAACCGAGGCGGCAACACUUUCUAUUUUGGCCCCGUCGGCACCAAUGGCUCAGUUGUCAUCGACUACUUCACACAGAGAGGCUUUCCUUGCCCACCAAGCCGCAACGUCGCUGAGUUCAUCCUCGAGACGGCAUCGCAACCAUCGAUCAAAGAUGGCCAGCGCAUCGACUGGAACGAGGAGUGGCGCAAUUCGGAGGAGCACAGAGCCAUUGUUGCAGAAAUCGAUCAGAUCACUGCCGAGAGACGGGCUCCGCCAGAGAGGUCGACGGCGCAGACGGAGUUUGCGGCCUCGACUGCCUACCAGUGCCUCCUUCUCACGAAGAGGAUGUUUGUUCAACACUGGAGAGAGCCCCAGUACAUGUAUAGCAGAGUAUUUGUGCAUACGAUCAUGGGUAUCUUUAACGGAUUCACAUUUUGGAUGCUUGGAAACGACAUCGCAGGCAUGCAGAACCGCAUGUUCAGUGCCAUUAUUCUCAUCUUCUUCGUACCUCCCACAGUUGUCAACAGCGUCGUGAUCAAGUUCUUCCAGAACCGAGAUCUGUGGGAAGACCGCGAACUGCCUAGUCGCACAUAUGGCUGGUUUGCAUUCUGCACAGCCAACGUUGUUUGUGAAAUCCCCAUGGCUAUCGUAUCUGCCACCAUCUACUGGCUGCUGUGGUACUUUCCCGUCGGCUUCCCCGCUACUUCGUCUGUCUCUGGCUACAACUAUCUCAUGGUUCUCGUCUGGUCUCUGUUCCAAUCCAGCUGGGGCCAGUGGAUUUCCGCCUUCGGGCCCUCAUACUCCACCGUGUCGAACAUCCUGCCCUUCUUUUUCGUCAUGAUCGCCAUCUUCAACGGUAUCUUGGUGCCAUAUGCCUCCAUGCCUUCAUUCUGGAGGUACUGGAUGUACUACAUCAACCCAACAACCUGGUUCAGCCGAGGCGUCCUCUCGGCCGUCCUCCCACCGGCAGUGGUGCAGUGUAGCUCCACAGAGUUUGCCAGGUUCAAUCCGCCUCCAGGCUCAACCUGUGGCCAAUACGCCGACCGGUUCGUCAAUGAGGUCGCGAUGACGGGCUACCUGGAGGACCCUAACGCGACGUCCAAUUGCGGCUACUGUCCAUACAAUAACGGCGGCGAGUACAUGCAGACGCUCAAUGUCCACAACAGCGAUAAGUGGCCAGCUUUUGGCAUCUUGGUUGCCUUUGCCGUUGCCAACUGGGCUCUUGUGUACUUCUUUGUUUACACUGUUAGAAUCCGGGGAUGGUCUUUUGGGAUUGCGACGAUGACGAGAUGGUGUUCAAAGCUUUCAAGCAAGAUCUUUGGGCGCGGCAAGCAGAGCACCACCGACCGUACUGAAGCUUGA